UCCGGUAUCGCGAGCACGUUGUGCACGCGCAGGUUUGUGGUGUAAAACAGGAAACGGUGAGAGGCGUUAGAAGCAGUUAGCCUGUUGGCUACCACCACUACACACAGAAACUAAAUCCAAGCGUUUAUCUGAAGAAGGGAAUAAAGAUUUUCGUCUGCCCGGUUUAUUGGUUUCAUCGGUGGGACCGACAUGUCAGAGACGUACGAUUUCCUGUUUAAGUUCCUGGUGAUUGGCAGCGCUGGGACUGGGAAAUCAUGCCUACUUCACCAGUUCAUAGAGAACAAGUUCAAACAGGACUCCAACCACACCAUUGGCGUUGAGUUUGGCUCCAGGGUUGUCAAUGUUGGCGGCAAAACAGUCAAACUGCAGAUCUGGGACACGGCUGGGCAGGAGCGCUUCAGGUCAGUUACCCGUAGUUACUACCGUGGAGCAGCGGGGGCUCUUCUCGUUUAUGACAUCACAAGUCGAGAGACCUACAAUGCUCUGACUAACUGGCUGACGGACGCACGGACGCUGGCCAGCCCCAACAUCGUCAUCAUCCUCUGCGGGAAUAAGAAGGAUCUGGAUGCGGACCGUGAGGUCACCUUCCUAGAGGCGUCUCGUUUUGCCCAGGAGAAUGAGCUGAUGUUUUUGGAGACGAGUGCUUUAACCGGGGAGAACGUAGAGGAAGCCUUUCUCAAAUGUGCUCGCACCAUCCUCAACAAGAUUGAGUCAGGUGAGUUGGACCCGGAGCGGAUGGGUUCGGGGAUCCAGUAUGGCGACGCGUCCCUGCGGCAGCUCAGACAGCCCCGGGGCUCUGCUGCACAGACCAAGCAGCAGUGUAACUGUUAGGGGCCUGGACACCCUGACCGCUACCUGUCAUCAGACCGUACACACACAACCUCCCCCUCAGCUCCGGGUGUCUCUGGGUAUGUACGCCCCCCUCUCCCAAACGUGACCCUUCCACACCCAGACACAUCUGGAUCUUUCUUAUUAAGUCCAUCUGCAACCUUUGACCUCUGACCUCAGAAAGCUGUUCACCUAGGACAGAUCUCCCUGGCUGCUUUGCUGGGAAACCCCUAGCGAGGGCCACGGGCAGUAGAGGUGAAUCCAACCUGACUGAGAGACUGUGCGUGUGUGUGUGUUUAACUUCUCCUGUGAUUCUUACACACACUUCCUUCUUGUAAAGUCAACAGCCAUCAUCUAGACUUCACUAGACUGGGAUAAACCAUUCAACAACAGCAGUAACAUUCCUAGGUCUUAAACUAGAUAUUGCUGAAUCAUUUUAUACAUUGUGACAUAUCAGACCUUUGUUGGAUUGGUUGUCCCCUUUUUGAUUUUGUUUCAAAGUUACCAAAAAUGACCAUAUGAUUGGUCCAUGCAUGUUAUCUGGUCUAUUAGCACAGGCUGCAUUUUUACCUGCUUAAAAAUGAAGAUUUCUAUAAUCAUUUAGAGCCAAAUAUUGGUCUUCUGUGAGAAAGUAAAGCUCAUAAAACCCUUUAUGCACUCUGUUGCAUUGGCCAUGCAUUUAAAGAGCUCUGAAAGCACAAAGAAGGUGAAGCGGGAAAAAAAACAUCUGUUCAGAUCUUGUAAUUCACUAUCUGGCGCAUAUCAGAUGUUUACCGCCACCCCGCUCUGGCUUGGGUUAGAGGUUAUCCUCUAAACUUAACCUCACUGGUCAUUUGCACGGGUCGCUAAUGGCUAAAUCAUUUACUGAAAUUUAGGACAUCAACUCAAUUGGGGGUUUUAACAUUUCUUUAAAAGUUUAUUGUCCAAAAAUUAUAUACAAAAAUCAAUCAUUAAAUUGGAGUCUGUAUAGGUGAAUCUCUCAAAAACUUGUCAUCAUUCACCCUGAAGCCAAAAGGAAAAAAAAUGAGAAAUUUUAUGUUUCCUAAAGAAAAUAAAUGUUACUUCAGGACAAUUAAGAUUUUUUGGAAUUUUGACUUUUUCAAAAAAAAUGUUUUAUUUUUUUUGGUGACAAGCACAUUUUCUCCCAAAAGUUUCAUUAUUAUAAUGUGAAAAAGUAUAUUAUUAAAUUAUACAAUAAAUUAUGCUGAUUUUAAACCUGAAAAAAAGAUUUUUAUUACUGGAUUAAAGUAAUGUGAAUAUAAUUUUUAAUGGUUACUUUUCAGAUAAAAAUGUCACAAUGCCAAAAAAACAAAACAAAAAUCAUAAUAGCAAAAUCUAAUUUCUUAUUUUUUUCCUUGUGAUUUUUGGGGUGAAACUGCACCCAGACAUUUCUUUGAGAGAUUCAACCCUUUACUGUUCUGCUAGAGUUGUGUAAAAACUGAAACAAGGUAUAUUGUAAGACUGCAACAUAAUUCAUCUUACACUUGAGCUAGUGUACAUAUUUUGGGUUCGCUGUUUGCUCUGGUUACCCAUGACAGGGAGAUCUAGAGGUGAUGACCGGCACGGUGCCCCGUUCCCUCAGUGACAUUAUCAUUAUGCACCAUAGACAGACCUGUUUUGAUCUGUGUUUUAAAAACUGUCUAUGUGAUAUGUGUUUUUUCUUUCUUUCUUUUUUUUUUCCCUCUGCAAGUGCACUUUUUUUGACUGUUUAUAUACUGUACCUAUAGAAUUGUAAAAUUUAUAGUAAUUUAAUGAUAUUAAAUGAGAGAAUAUUGUUUGAGGAGUGAUCAUUCCUUACUAAAAAACAACUGAGGCAAGUCCGACACCAUUUCAGCAGGAAGUGGUCACCUUGCUGUGGACAAGAACAUGCUGUUAGUCGUAAAUGUGGGGUGGGUCAUCGCCACAUGUCUUCUAGUACAAGCACAGCCUUAACUGACUAACCACAUGAUUGUUCUCCAUGAUUCAAGAGGCGCGUUUCAUCAUGGCUGCCUCAUGCUCUCAUAAUCAGGCUCUUUAAAAUGCACUUAUACUGUUACGUCCAUUUUUUAUUUUGGUCGACUGUGAUCACUUUUACCAAAUGUUUUGUCUGAUUUAAACCACUUAUAUUCAACAAAGAGUUACAGAAAUUUACUUUGAUUCAGUUCAUAAAAAGUGGAAGUUUAUGCAGUUACAAUGGAAGUCUAUUUUCUGCGAUAAUCAACAGCAUGUCAUUGAUGCUGUCCAUUGAGCUCAACGUAUUUGACCUGGAAUAUUCCUUUUAAUAUGGCGCCGAUAUUAGUGAGUUUCAAACUGUUUCCUUAAAUUUGCAUGCUUUGUAUGGUCCCACUGAAAUGUAGUACAUGGUGUUAAGAAGGGGCGAUCACAAUUACUAAUUUUGCGGGCAAAAUCCAGCCUUUGUCAUUGGAAUCCAUGCGAUCUGGAGUUUCAUUUAUGGGCGAAAAAGUUCCUCACGUUCAAGCUUGCCGCAUUGACCAGCAGAAAUCUGCUUGGUUUGAAAGUGACUUCUAUGUGAGCUGUGCUUUAAAAAUCCUUUGUUUCCAUCCAAACGUGAAGCGAAUCUUUUCAAAGUUUGCAGAAAAACAUGAAUGCGAAUUAGGUGCGUUUCCAUCAAGUUGUUUGAGCGGAUGACGGUGGUAUUGGUAACCUUGUAGCCAACAGUAAUUAAAACACUGUGACGGAGCGUUCGUGAAGAGUUCGCCUAAACACUUAUGAAUAAACGAAAGCCGUCUGAACUCUUCUCAACUUUAUUAAGCAUCACACAUGUGAGAGGACAAGCCCGACAAGCCCAUGACACACCAGUACAAAAGUGCGCGUGACGAGGGGAAAAUGCAUUGCACACACACACACAAAUAUAACGAGCGCCAGUACAUCCAGAAUUAAUGCAUCAUAACAGAAUCGUCUACAACACCAUCCGCGGAAACGGCCAAUUACGAUUAGUCACGUGGGUUUAAUGUUCGCUGUGUUCGUUACUCUUCAAAAACCACUUCAAGCGAGCGCAAAUUAAGGGAUUUUUAUUCGAUAUUUGCCGUUUCCAUCAGUCAUUUCUGAUGCAAUACUUCAGAAUGCGCAUAAAAACAGGGUGAUGGAAACAGCUUCUGUUCACAAUUUCGCAACUUGUUCAAAUCGAUUUUUAACUGCAAAAUUUUGCUAAUGUGACACACAUUUAAGCACCUUUCUGUGGGUCAAUGCGGCAAAUAUUUUUAACCAAAAUGAAUGAGCAAAAUCUGCAUGGCAAACUUUUUCGCCCUCACAUGAAACUCCCGAUAGUGCGGAUUCUUAUUAAAAUGACUGGAUUUUGCCAGAGAAAACAAAUGUAAACGUGAUUACGGUGUGGUCACAUUUACUAUUGUUCAGCAAAUUUUUGCAAGCAAAAUCCAGUUAUUUCAGUAGGAAUCCAUGCGACAGGGAAUUUUGUGUCAUGGUGAAAGAUUUCCACAUGCAGAUUUCACAUCGAUCAUGUGAAUUCACCUUAUUGACCAACAGAACGCUGCUUGGUUUGAAAGACAAUGGACCUAUUUUUAAAGCUGCAGUCCGUAAAAUUUUUUUUUUUGGUGUGUUCAAAAUUUACAUACUGAGUGAGCACAUCAUAAAUCCAUUUUCCAGACCGUGUUUUUGUGUUAUCCUGAAUCACUACGGUACACCUAUUAUAAGCGUUUAUAUUUGGACUAUUUUAGACCGGUCGGGUCGGCACCGCUGUGGAGUAACACAGUACCUGAGUGACUCGUCAUAGACAUAAACAGAGAGAAGUAGCUCCGGCUACAAUGUUCAUCCGCAAGACACAUGCAGUUUUGUUUAUUAACUGCUAGAGUGCCAAAAGACAGACUGCAGCUUUAACUGCAAAAUUUUGCUAAUGUGACACGCCUUUAAGCAGCUUUCUGUGGGACAAUGUGGCAGUUUUUUUUUUUUUUUUUUUUUGACCAAAUUGAACGAGCAAAAUCUGUGGUGAAAUUUCUCGCCUUCACAAGAAACUCCUGCCGAUUCUUUUGAAAUUUUGUCAAGCAAAUGUAAAUGUGAUUUAAGGUAUGGUCACGUUUGGCAAAUUUUUGCAUGCAAAAUCCAUUCAUUUCAGGUAAUUUUGUGUAGGGCCGUAAGAUUUCCCCAUGCUCAAAUUGAUCAUGUGAAUUCAUCUUGUUGACCAACAGAAAGCUGCUUGGUUUGAAAGUGACUUCUGUGUGAGCUGUGCUUUAUACUUCUCUACACUAUUCGCAAUUUCGCAACAUUUUCAAAUCGAUCACGCAAAUUCGCUGCGUCGGCCGACAGAAAGCAGCUUGGUUUGAAAGACAAUGGACCUAUUUGUGAGACUCCACGUCUUUCUGUUGGUCAAUGCGGCAAAUUUGUUUGACCAAAUUGAAUUUUUUGCCCUCACACGAAACUCCCGAUAGUGCGGAUUCCUAUUAAAAUGACUGGAUUUUGGCAGAGAAAUUUUGCCAAGCAAAAUCCUGUCAUUUCAAUUUUGUUUCCCUCUGCAGGUUCAAAUCAAUGUGAAUUCGUCUUAUUGACCAACAGAAAGCUGGUUUAAAAGUGACUUCUGUUCGAGCUGUGCUUCACACAUCGCUAGACAAAGGACCUUUUUGCCCGCAAAAUUUUGCUGAUGUGAUGCGCCUGUAGAACAACAUUGUCUGAGCCAGAUAAUAUCCGAUGGCUUAUGUAGUGCAAUUUGGUAGCAUUUCAUAACCAAAUAUCAUUAUUGAGUGCAUUUGAAGAGUAGUUCAAAAAGUACUGCAUACCAGUUGUUGCUUAGUAACCAGUGUGAUUUGUUCAUUCAUAAAUACUGUAUAUCUGGAUCAUCUAUGCUGUAAAUAAGAUUGAAUUUGUCUAUCAGAGUGUUCAGGGGGAGGGGUGCUUGUUGGUUUUAAAGAUUAUAAUUAAAGUCUGCUUGUUUUUUUUA